AUGGCUGGAGCUAAAGUACAGACUGCCCAGCCGGGUGAUGUCGAGUUUUGCACGCUGGGAAUGUUCAUCCUCGAUGAUAUUGAAUUUGGUGGUUCCAGACCGGGCGUCAAGAACAUCCUUGGAGGUGCCGCCUCUUUCGCCGUGGUAGGUGCUCGCUUAGUAGCAGGUGCUCCAUACGCGCGGUCUGUGAGCUGGAUUGUGGAUGUUGGCUCCGAUUUCCCGCGGGAGACUCUUGCUGUCAUUAAAUCUUGGGAUACGAGCUGUGUGAUCAGGGAAGACCAUGGAAGGCUUACGACGAGAGCGUGGAAUGGAUAUCAUCCCAAUGAAAAGCGAGACUUCAAAUACUUGACCCCGAAGUUGAGGCUGGAGCCUUCAAUGCUUUCGGAGGCGCAGGUGUGGUCUCGGACAUUUCAUAUGGUCUGCUCUCCAUCACGCUGCAUAUCUAUUGUGCAAGCUAUCUUGCACCGGCGAGAAGAGUUGCGACGUGUGGGCCAGGCGCCUUCUACUAAGCAUGCUGCAGAGCGGCCUGUCUUCGUCUGGGAGCCGGUGCCCGAUCUUUGCACCCCAGAGGAGCAAAAAAUGUUCUUUGAGGCUAAUCGGGUCGUGGACGUAGUCAGCCCCAAUCAUAUGGAACUAGGGAUGAUGUUCGACCAGCCUGGAUGGACCGUGGACGGUGAUCAAAGCCAAGCCCUAGUCCAGAAGAUCAUUAACUCUGGCAUUGGCCUCAACGGUGACGGUUGUCUGGCCAUCAGGGCAGGCAAAGAAGGAAGUUAUGCCUACUCGAAAGAUCAGAAAAUUUGGCUUCCGGCUUAUCAUCAACCCGAUGCUUCGGGCUCUACGGCUGUGGUGGACCCUACAGGUGCUGGCAAUUCGUUCUUAGGCGCACUAGCGCAGGGAAUUGUGACUGCGGGCCGUGAACCGUUCGAGGUCAUUGAAUCUGUUUUGUCACCUUCCGAGAACUGGAAGAAAGCCAUGGAGGCUUGGGGCAAUCGUCAAGAUCUUCCUCUGGCUCUUAUUUGCGCCACUGUCGCCGCGGGGUUCGUAGUGGAACAAAUUGGGGUGCCACAGAAAUCUGUGGCAGGAAAUGGCAAGGAAUUGUGGAAUCAAUCUGAAUUCACGGAACGGGUCCGCCUGUACACGCAGCGAUUGUAUAGGACCGUGGAAGAGUCUCCCCAGAGACACCUUUUGACCAAUUGA